CCGGCGAUCAAGAAAUAAAAGAGUAGACUCAGGACAGCCCCAGACGACACCGCGCGGGGUGGCAAUCCACCCUGGUAGUGAAGAAGGCAAAGCACUCGGUGCUACGAAACCUCAGAGGCAAGGAGGUCUCAGUCAGUGUAUGAGGGCCGGGUAUCUACACUCGUGGCAAGAAACUUUCUGGAUCGCUCUGAGACUGGAUCGUCCACCCGUGUGGCACACAGAAGCGGAAUGUAAGGACGAUCCAUAAAAAGAUCCCUGGUGUUGAACAGUGUGACCCCAAGAAGAAAGUGCAGACGAUCAAAAGAAAAGUUAGUGUUGUGAGACACAUUGUUGUCCACCCCCUUGUUCUCUCCAUCAACUUCGAGGUCGUGAAGUCGUUUGUCCGGGUGAGAGCACUACCUGAGUUGUUUCAGGCUGUUGAUGAUGAACGGCGGGACACCACCUCAAUACAGCAACCGACAGGCACCCCCUCCCCCGUCACCACCCCGGUGGAGGAAGGAGGACAUUUUCCGAGAUGAGUCCUUUGUACAUGUGGACCAACACGUGCUAAAGACCCCUACGAAGCUUCUGUUGGGGACGUUCCGGGAGCUGGUGGUGUACUUGACCUCCAACCCGGACUGGGAUGACCUGGAGAAGGUGCGGGCCAUCUUCCGGUGGGUGACCUCAGUUGACGUCUUCAGCUUGGAGGAGAAUGGCGAGGCGCCCAAGCAGUCCCCCAUGGACUACUUCUUCAAGAUCCGCAACAACUUGGGCAACCACGCGCAUCUCUUCAGCGGCCUGUGUCAGAUGGCAGGGAUUCACUGUGAGAUCAUAAGCGGCAUGAACAAAAGCGCCGCCUACGAGAUCGGCCAGAAGACAGACCGCAAGGCCAUGGGCGCCCAGUGGAACGCCGUGUACGUCCAGAACUCCUGGCAGUUCAUCGACGCCUUCUGGGCCUCGGCCUGUCUCGUGGGCAAGAGGACCGGCGAGUGGACGCUGGUCGACUCCGACAGCACCGUCGACGAAGAGGAGGAGGGAGAGGUGACAGAAGGCACUACCCAACACAGAGUCAACGAAUUCUACUUCCUGCCAAGCCCGGAGGAGCUGAUCUGGACUCACUACCCGGACAAGCGCGAGUGGCAGCUGCUGCACAGUCCGGUGACGCUGCAGCAGUUCCAGGACCACUUCUACGUGCGGGAACGCUUCCACCUCCUCCACAUGUCCCUGACACCACACUCCAAGCUACCGUGCGUGCUAAAGACCAAAGAUGGCGAGGUGGACAUAGAGUUCUUCCUUCCCCCGGAAAACAGUAGCAAGCUGCGCUUCAAAUACAUGCUGUAUCGCUCGCGCAUGCGCUCUGACACCUCGCAGGAAGUCGUCCUGGACAGGUUCGUGCUCUUCGAGCAUCGCGAGGACCUGCUGCGCUUCUCGCUUCGCUUUCCGGUCAAAGGUACAUUCAAGAUGGACAUCUACGGGCUGGACGUCAGCGACUCGGAUAUCUUCGAUCUGUGCUGCACCUACGUCAUCGAGUGCCCGCACGCCAAGGCCAACUGCAUGCCCUUGCCCGACUGUCCACCCCUCGGGUGGGGUCCUGUCAAUAAGACGAAGGAGGCUGGGCUAACGCCUGUCACUCACAAGCAGGCGCAGGUGGUGAGCAAGGACGGGUAUGUGGAGAUCCGACUGGACAAGGAGCGCGCGCUGGCCCUGCAUCAGCAGCUGAAACACUCGGUGCUAGACGAUGCCACGCUCAGCAAGUACUGCCUCACGCGCCAGGAGGAUGGCGAGGUCAUCAUCAGUCUGCGUCUGCCUCAGAAAGGUGAGUACGCUUUGAAGAUGUUCGCUCAGGAGCCAGGUGCAGUGGGCGACGCUGAGAAUGUCUUGAACUACCUGAUCCAGUGCCAGGGACUGACUGAAGGCAGCAGACCUUUCCCCAACACCACGCACGGCACACUCGGCAAGGGCCCUGACGCCGACAGGUUUAAAGUCACGCCCCUGUCACACCCUGGGGGAACGCUGGACACUAAGGAUGGCAAGGUGUCGGUGAGUUUUGCCGCCAGCCCCAACACCGAGCUGAUUUGCGAGGUGCACACUGUGGACGGCAAGGCAUCCCGCCAGGUGAAGGCCACCAGGAGUCAGGACAACGGACAGUGGGUCUUCGACCUGGACCUGCCCACCAGCGGCGAGUACUCGUUGAACAUCUUCGCCAAGGAGAAGGGCAACGACGCUGAAAUCUUCAGUGUGCACAGCUACCUCGUCCAGUCAGACGGCCGCCCAGACAGCGUGCAGACAGACCCAGCAGAUGGAGGAGAUGAGUCGGACGACAUCAACGAAGUGCAGGUGGAGACAGUGGAGACGAGUGACAAGGAAAUCUUCAUCCCCCUGCCACCCGGGUGCGAGCACGCCAUGGUGGAGUUUCAUCGACGGAACGGACAGAACGCGCCGUGCAACGACCAGGUGGAGGUGAUCACGGUGGACGACGUGACGAUGUUCAAAGUCCGGAUGGAGGACUACGGCGAGUACAUGCUGAAUGUCUACACGGAGCAGUCCCCGGGCAGGGUGCGCAAUGCCGCCAAGUACCAGGUUAACCGACGGCGUCCAGGUGAGCUGUACAGCAACAACAUCAACACCAUCAUGGACAACUUGGAGAUAAACGACAACAACAUCGACAUGUCGACCCCCACACCUGACACCUCAGGCGGCGAUGACGAACAGCGUCGCGUGCUGGCGCGCAGGCAGGUGCAGCAGGCCAUGGACCUCAAGGACCAGAAGCAGCUGGAGGCAGCUAUCGCUCGCUACAAGGACACAGGUGUCAACGACUCGGAUCCAGUUUUGGUCAAGGCUGGCAAAAUGCUGCAGGUGCUAAAAGCCAAGGCUGAGCUGAUGGAUGCAACACAGAAGCGAGACUUCGGUGCCUUAGAAAAAGCCUUGAAAAAUGCCAGGGCCGUGAACUUUGAUCAUCACCUGGACCUGCAGAUCGCCGUGGCGUCCAGACUCCAUGAACACCUGGCUCGACUAGAGAAGCUGAGACAUUCGGUGCUGGACAUGGACCAGAAGACGGUCGCUGAGCUCAAAACCUACGGGUCCCCACCAGAGGGCGUGCAUCAGUCCAUGAUGGCUACGUUCUUGCUGCUCGGAUCGCCUCUGAAAGAUGUCAAGGUGUGGAGGACCUGCCAAGCUCUGAUGUCAAAAACGGGGAAGGAGUCCAUGAUGCGCAAAAUUUCUAAGUUCGAUCCUCGAGUGGUGCCUCUGAGCUCGGCGGCUGCUUCCAGGAAGAUCUUGGCGCCCUUCUCUAAAGAACAAAUCCGAGAUGCCAGUGCUGGUGCUGCCACCUUCUUCAUCUGGGCUCAAGGAAUGAUUGAAGAAGUUGAAAGCUAUGGGGGAGCUGAGCAGGCGGAUCAGAUGAGACUUCAAAAGUGAUAGAAGAAACUGUCUCAAUUGGAUCCAUGCUUUUGUCAACAUCUUUUGUUAUGGCUGUGAAUAAUUCUGCUUCAUGGGACUGGAUAAUGGCAUGUGAGCAAUGUGAAGACAAAUGACCUUUAACAAAUGACAGUUUAGAUACUGUCUAAAGAUUGUCUUAAAGAAAAUUCAUAUUCUGAACUUACUCAAUUACCUUUGACUAAUGUAUUAAAUACAUUUUGUUCUAUUGUUCUACUGUUUGCACCUUAUGUAUACCUAAGUCUGGAGCAAGAUUACAAUUUAAAAUUAAAAAUUAAGUGCAUAUCUCCAAAUCCCUAUGCUUUAUAUCGUUUUAUUUAAACAAUCAAAGAAAUACAUUGAUGAUUGUCAUUUAAUAUAUUUCUCAACUGUACGGCACAUUUGAUUUUCAUUUAACAUAUUUCAUUAAGCUUUUAAUGCAGUUUUGUAGAAAUCAGUUUUGUGUUAUUUCAUGAAAAACAUAGAUCAAUGUUUUCUUGCUUAAAUCAUGUCAGAAAUGGCUGCAUAGUUUCUUAAUCAUGGAAAGCCCUAUCAUGCAAAAGUUAUUUAAGUCUUUCUCAUAAGUCCUGCCUCAGAAAUGUGCAUUGUAUGUUUUAAUAGACGACUUUACAUCUCUCUUAUGAAUACAAAAGUCUACAAACGUUUUAUGCAAGAUUCAUGUGUUUAACUUCAGGCAAGACAUCACAGUGUUAGUAAUCUUAUGUUGUGUACAUUAAAAUGUAUAUAAAAUUUCAUAAGAGAAAAUUCAGCAUAUGCCUUACUUACUCAUUAUACAAUGUCUGAAGUUUAAACAUAUUUAAGAGUAUUUAUAACAAUACGAAAUAACUGCCAAUGAUAAUGUUUUAGAUUAAAGGACCAUAUUUUUGUCUCAAUCUCUAUUCACAGUGUGAUAACGUGACAAAUGCAUGAUACUAAAUAUUUACCAUUGGAUUUGUUAGAUUUAUACCAUCUGUAUAUAAACAAUUUGUAAUUUUCGGUCAUUCCAAACUGUAAGAAAAAUGUGUCCACACGUCCCUUUGUGGUUUUUGAAAUGAACAAAACUGAAUACUU